AUGAGGCUGAAACAAGGCUCGGUUCAGGCAGGUCCCGGAGUCGGAACACGCAGAGGCCGCGGGGAGCCGCUGAGACUGUGGUCAAGGGCUAACGACCGCUGUGUCUCAGAGAAGCGGCUUGUCCGAGGCGAUUCACGGAGACUCGGCCAGUGUGUCCUGCGCGCCCGGCUCCGCAACGUCGCAAGUCUGCUUCUGCGCAGGCGCGGGGACCACCCCGCGGGAAACGCGUCUGCCCGGCCGUGCGCGCGCCCGGUCUCCGCUGGGCGCGACGGUGCCGUUUGGAGGGUCACCAGUGAGAAGCUGUGCAGAGCCCAACAUGAGCUUCAUUUCCAAGCUGCCACCUAUCUCUGCCUCCUCCGUAGCGUCCGUGAACAUGUGGCCCUUCAUCAGGAAUUUCAUGGGAAGGGUGAGCGCUCAGUGGAGGAGGCAGCUGGCUUGGUGGGUCUCAAGUUGCCCCAUCAGCCCGGAGGGAAGGGCUGGGAGCCAUGAAAAUGAAGAGAUUCCUUGGAUGCUGCCUUCAUACAAGAAUUUAAUUAUUUCUAUCGAUAUGUAUUUAUCAUUAAAUUUUAUUUAAAGUUUAGUGUUUUUCUCUGUAA